GGCUGGAGUGGACGCCUGGACUCCGUGUUUGCUGAAAUAGUUCCGGCCGUCAUCGCUGACACGCGCCAAAAAUACUAAUCCCAUGAGGCAUUCUCACCGUCGGAUCAUCCAGUCAUCCUACAGUAGCCGCCCGAUGGUGAUAUAAUUAUUGUAUUGAUUCAGGAAAACAGAACCCUCUUCUGUGUUCCCAAGUCCAUCACGCCACCGCGAAUUUCAAUUCAACCAGUUUCUCUCCUCUUCUUCUUCAUUGAAUCUUGAAAACCCUAACCCUAAUCCUGAUUCUAAUCUCUAUGAACUCAAUACAUUGAGAAAUGCCUACUGUAGCAGUGAAGCUGUACAGCUUCCUUUUCAAAUUCACCGUCAAGCAUCGACUCCAGAGCCGAAUCGGGGCUUCUCCCGAUGAGGCUGAUCCCUCCGGCGUCACUUCUCGCCCGGAGGAUGGUGUCGCCCCCGCCAACCCCACCUUCUCCGAUGGCGUCGCCACCAAGGACAUCCACGUGGACGAUCCUCGCGCCUCCCUCUCUCUCCGCCUUUUCCUCCCCGAGACGGCGCUAUCCGGCUCCGAUUCUAAAUCUAGGGUUAGGGUAAACAGGGAUGACAGCUACGGCGGGUAUUCGCCGCCGGCUGGUAGGAGUGGGCGAAGGUUGCCGGUGUUGUUGCAGUUUCAUGGAGGAGGAUUUGUGAGUGGGAGUAACAAUUCGGUGGCGAAUGAUGUGUUCUGUAGGAGGAUUGCGAAGCUGUGCGAUGUGGUGGUGGUGGCAGUGGGGUAUCGGCUGGCGCCGGAGAAUCGGUACCCGGCUGCGUUUGAGGAUGGGGUGAGGGCGUUGCAUUGGGUGGGGAAGCAGGCGAAUUUGGCGGAUUGGAGCAGAUCGCAGUGGAAGGUGGGUAGGGAUACUAUGAAUGAUAACUUUGGAGCUUCCAUGGUUGAGCCUUGGUUGGCGGCUCAUGGCGAUCCUUCCAGGUGUGUUCUCCUUGGGGUGAGCUGUGGUGCAAAUAUUGCAGACUAUGUGGCUCGGAGGUCUGUAGAGGCAGGCAAGCUUUUAGACCCUGUUAAGGUGGUGGCCCAAAUUCUGAUGUACCCUUUUUUCAUUGGAAGUGUCCCCACAAAAUCAGAGAUUAAACUGGCUAACUCUUACUUCUAUGACAAAGCUAUGUGCUUGCUUGCAUGGAAACUCUUCCUACCUGAGGAAGAAGUGAACCUAGACCACCCAGCUGCCAACCCUCUGAUUCCUGGGAGGGGACCACCCUUGAAGUGCAUGCCUCCAACACUGACAGUUGUGGCAGAGCAUGACUGGAUGCGAGACCGAGCCAUUGCUUAUUCAGAGGAGCUCCGAAAAGUUAAUGUGGAUGCACCCCUUCUUGAUUACAAGGAUGCUGUGCAUGAGUUUGCUACCCUUGAUGUGCUCCUCAAGACACCACAGGCCCAAGCCUGUGCUGAGGACAUUGCCAUAUGGGUCAAGAAGUAUAUUUCACUCAGAGGCCAUGAGUUUUCUUAUUGACUAUGCUGACAAAAAGGGGAAUAAGAGUAUUCGUAGAAGGAAAGGAAUAUGGUUAAACACCUAUAGGAGCGGUUAGCUGAUGUAAGUAGAGCUUUGCAUAGUAUCCCUUUCAGUGGGAUGAAUUUUAAAAUGAGAGAGUAGUUUACUUGUUUAUAUCAAAAGCUUGUAGUAUAGCAUCAGGCUGUUCAAUUUUCUUUGGUUUUCUCUUGUCAUUACUGUAAAGAUAAGCAAUUUCUUUUUACGAGGGUGCAAUUAUUAUGAUCUGUGUGAACGUUCAUUUA